AAAAUAUCCAUCCAUCCAUCCACGGUGUGAGAGGUAGGUUGGUGUGUGUAAUAAGUUUGGGAUUUCUUUGUUUCACACAAUCAACUGCCCACCCACGCCACGCAAGGAAGCAAGCAAACCGUCCGUCCCUAUCCAUCCAUCCACUUCUUUCUCCUCUUCAUCCUCUUCCGCUCCGCUCUGCUUUGCUUCGCUGCCAAGCCAUCCAUCGCUUCUCUCCUUCCUCUCGCCGGCGACGACUCUCCGCUACCCGCAGGAAGAAGGAGAGAGAAAGAAAAUGGCGGACAGCGGCGGCAGCGACUGGGAGGUGGUGUCGCUCACGGCCUCCACCUACGCCGCCGCCCCAGGACCAAUCUCGCCCAUCCACGACACCGCUGACAAAGCAGAGUCGCCUCUUCUUCUCCUCCCAAAUCCUCCCGCUCCCCCUGCACAUUUCUUCAUGUCCCAGCACUUCAAUCUGCCACCGCUUUUCGGUACCCAUCUUGAGAAUAAUAGCGGAGGCCAAGAAUUAGAAUCCGACCCUGCCAUGUCGGACGGCGAUGCCGACCAUCUCAACAUGCCCAUCUGCCCAGAAAACUACCGCGACAGCGGGAGGGAUGAUCUGCAGGUGGAAGGAGGAGGAGGAGAGGAACUGCAGCGAACCACCAUGCUCUGCUCCCUUGCUGACGCUACUGCAGGUGCAGAUGCUGCUGCUGAUGCCACUGCUGCUACCCUGCCUGCUCCUGCUCCUGCUCCUGCUCCUGCCGCCACGCAGACGGUGGCUGCUCCUUCCGGCGGAGUCGUCCCUUGCAAAAGUUGCAAUGCCGCUCAGGCUCAGGCUCAGGCUCAGGCUCAGGCGUGGUGGGAGAAGACCUUCUCCUUCCCGCGUCAAGGUGGGAAUGGGAAUGGGAAUGGGAAUGGCGGCACACAGCCCCUCCUCGCCUUCCGCUUCGUCUUCGUCGCCGGCAAACUGCAGCUUCAGGAACAAGACCACCUCAGCACUGUCCCUGAAUUCGUCGGCGUCCACGGCCAAACCCAGAAGAUAAGCUGCGUGGUGACUGAGCCACUUGGUCAGGUGAAAGGCAGCAUGCUUGGUGGAGGAAGCCCUGUUGCUCAGCAGGGGUAAAUUAACUACACAGGCUGCAUAGCAUGCUGCUGCUGCUGCUGAUGAUGAUGGCGAACAAAUUAGUACUAGUAUGGUAGCUAAGAAGUUGAUGAUGACUUGGAUCGAUGAUGAUGACGAAAAUGGUGUGGUGAAUACUUUCUACUUACUCUGAUCCAUGUAAGUGGAGUGGUAUUACUUAAUAAGUAGCUAGGCAAUGGAGUAUGAACAUGUAUGUAUGGGUGAGCAGUGGUACUGGUUAAUUCCAUCUUGCUAGCUAGUAUGAGUGUGGUGCUUGAAAAAAAAAUAUUUCUUGUUAGAAGAUCAUUAAGCAGAGACUGAUACUACUUCAUCCAUUCCUAAAUAUAAGAUAUUUCAAUAUGGACUACAUACGGAUGUAUAUACACGCAGUUUAGAGUGUAGAUUCACUCAUUUUACUUCGUAUGUAGUCCAUAUUGGAAUCUCUAAAAAGACUUAUAUUUAGGAACGGAGGGGGUAUAGGAUAUGGGUGGGGUUUGUUGUUGACUUUGUUUGCCGCGCAGGUGAUGUGAGAUAAGUACUCCCUCUGUAAACUAUUAUAAGAGCGUUUAGAUCACUAAAAUAAUGAUCUAAACGCUCUUAUAUUAGUUUACGGAGGGAGUAGGAGGCAAGAGGUUGGUGUACACUGUACAGAUAGAUUGUUGUUGAGUUGAGUUGGGUACCCGUCAGCAUCAAAACAUAUAGAGCUAUAGUCUACUACUUUGUUAAUGAAUUAUAUUGUUUGUGGACAAUUAAAUACUAGCAUCAAUUAUGGCACUAGGUCCUAAUA